AUGCGCGGCAUACUCGUUACUGCCAUUGCCUUCGUUGCUGUCUCUGCUGCUCAGUAUACUGGCCCCUGCAAAGACAACAACUGCGGCGUCGCAGGCGAAAACUGUGAAGCCGAGGGCCGUCAAUGCUUUCCUUUCCCCAAUAUCAACCCUGCGCUUCGCGAGGGUUGUGUAUGCGGCUCUGGCUAG